AUGGAUGGUGGCAAUGGUUUGAACAUUCUGUAUGCUGAGACUCUCCUGGGGAUGGGCAUUCCGAGGUUCCAACUCAGUGAAAGCAACAUGCAAUUCCACAGAGUCAUCCCAGGGAAGAAGGCAAAUUCACUCGGGUACAUUGCUCUAGAUGUGGUUUUUGGUGAUUCCAAGAAUUUUUGCAAGGAGAAGUUGACGUUUGAGGUAGUGGAUUUCCACAGUGCCUAUCAUGUUGUUCUGGGCAGACCGCCAUAUGCUCGUUUCAUGGCCCGUCCAUGUUACACGUAUCUUAAGUUGAAGAUGCCCGGACCCAAGGGUGUGAUCACGGUCACUGGGAACAGGCAGAGAGCAGAGGAAUGCCUCCAGAAGGGGUCCAAGAUCGCUGACGAGCAAAUGGCAGUGGUGGAACUGGAGGAAUACAAGAAGAACGCUGAUCCGAGUGAUCUGCUCUGA